CAGAGGAUGGGUACAGCAGAGGCCACUUUACGUAUGGACAGCAUGGAGGUUAAGGACGAAUGGCAGGAUGAGGACUUUCCCAGGCCACUGCCAGAGGAUGGAGAUAUUGAUUCAUGUGGCCUCACUGACAACAGAACCAAUCCUCCCACUACUCUGAAUGUUGGAGAGUCCAUGACUCAACAGAAGCGUCGCACCCUGGUUGCCCCAGACAUGAACCUGUCCCUGGAUCAGAGCGAGGGGUCAGUGCUCUCUGAUGACUUCCUGGAAACCCCCGACGACCUGGACAUCAAUGUUGACGACAUCGAGACUCCCGAUGAGACUGAUUCACUGGAGUUCAUCAACAAUGGAAACGAGCUGGAGUGGGAAGAUGAUACUCCUGUGGCCACCGCCAAGCGUCUUCCAGGUGAAAGUGAAGAGGAGAGAGAUUCCUCUGGCCGUCUGUGGCGAACAGUGAUAAUUGGUGACCAGGAACAAAGGAUUGACAUGCAGGUCAUCAGACCGUACCUGCGAGUGGUCACACAUGGAGGUUAUUACGGGGAGGGUUUGAACGCCAUCAUCGUAUUUGCUGCCUGCUGCCUCCCUGACAGCAGCUGUGAGGACUACACCUACAUCAUGGAGAAUCUCUUCCUGUAUGUUGUGAGCAGUCUGGAGUUGCUUGUGGCUGAAGAUUAUAUGAUUAUAUACCUGAACGGAGCCACUCCUCGCAGGAAGAUGCCAGGAAUCAGCUGGCUGAAGAGAUGCUACCACAUGAUUGACAGAAAACUGAGAAAAAAUCUGAAGUGUCUCAUCAUUGCUCACCCCACAUGGUUCAUCCGGACUGUUCUGGCCAUUUCGAGACCUUUCAUCAGUGUCAAGUUUAUGGAUAAGAUCCGAUAUGUUCACACCCUUGAAGAGCUCGGCCAGUUAAUUCCCAUGGAGCAUGUGCAGAUCCCUGAAUGUGUGCUGCAAUAUGAUGAUGAUAAGUUAAAAGCACAAAAGGAAAGACUUGAGAAAGAACAGCCGCAGACCAACUCAAAACUACCCAAAGAAAGGCCAAAGUCAAUGAUAACAGGAGUUAGCCAUGGCAUCUGACAUUAAGAGCUUGAGUUGGAGAGCCGAUUGGGAGACUUUGAUUACAAUAGGAACCAGCAUCGCAAGCCUCGUGCACAGGACAAAAUCCCCUGAAGGGAUCUAUAAGCUGCAGGACAAUCCUUUCUCAACACCUCUAUUGAUCAGUUUUUGCUUCUUACAACUGAAAGAUCAUCUUCACCAGCUCCAGUUGAAAAGUGUCUGCUUCCUGCAUGAUAAAUUAAGGUCUAUUCUGCAGCAUGACUUCAAAUAUUUCUAACGAAACAUAAAAGUUUAGCACAUGUACAAAUUUGUAAUAUAUUUUCAAAAGGGGUGUUUGCACAUAAAUGGCAUGGGUUGCAUUUGGUGUCAUGGAUGUUUACAGAAAUCAUAUGUGCAAUGACAUUGUUUUCUCAAAUGUAUGGUAAAUGUCACUGAUGCAAAAGUGUUUUUACAGUUUCAAAGUUUUCCAGAGUUGAGUAUGCAGGUGGCAUGCUUGUUUGUAUUCUUCCCUCAUUUGGUAAAGUUUUUUGUCAUAUACAUAUAUAGUACUUUUACAAAAUAGAAAGCAAAUGUGGAGUAUAUUUAAAAAGAGGCCGAUUAUUUCUUUAAGUGUUAUUUAUGAAAAUGUGCCAUUUAAUGUUUGUAAAAAAAAAAUACUUCAAAGAAAGAAUAAAUUGUUAAACUGA